UUGCAAGUUCUAAUCUCAAACUCRAUCAUAUUAUACAUUAAAGAUUAAACAAAUAAACAGUAUUAUUAUGGUAUUAUACAACACGAUCAUGAAAAUGUUCAUUAAUUAAUGUUACAUUAGAGCACGGUUUAGGUACAUCGUGUGAACUGGUUAUGAAUUUACAAUCGCGAUUAAAGAAAAUAACUCAAAUCUUUAAUCGUGAUUACAGUUUUACAAAUCCAAGUACCGAAAUAUUUGUUCACCAUCAUAUUUUGAAUUGUAAAUUCAGGAUUUAGGGAAAAUUUCAAUGUUUAAUUUAAUCGAUAGUAAAUUAUGAACAUGAAACUAUUAAGAUUACCAUGCAGGUAUACUUUGAGCAGGCAUCUAUACUCCAGUUGUUCAGUAAAAGACAUUUUGAAUACUCAACCUGAUGGUUGUAAAAAAAAGAUAAAGGGUUGGGCAAAAGCAAUGCGUAAAAUGAAAGAAAACAUAUUUGUGGAUUUAGAUGAUGGUUCUACUCAUCAUCGUCUACAAGUAGUAAUACCUAAAAAUAAGGUUCCAGCUUCAUUGACUUAUGGAUGUUCCUUUGAAGCUGUGGGUAUCUUAGUUAGAAAUCCUAUCAAUCAACUUGAAUUGGUUGCUGAAUCUAUAAAUGUUUAUGGAUUAUGUGUUGUCCAAGAUGGUUAUCCAUUUGCUCCUCGAAAAACUUACCAUCCAGAAUAUGUAAGACAACAUUUACAUAUUCGACCACGUACAGCAACAUUUAGUAGUCUACUGAGACUCAGGGACAAAUUGUCUCGUGCUGUUAGAGAUACAUUUUCUGAAGACAAUUUUAUAGAAAUAAAUGCUCCAGUGUUAUCGUCUAAUGAUUGUGAAGGAGCUGGGGAAGUAUUUGCGGUUAAACCAGAUAGUGAAAAUUUAAUUAAAGAAAUGAUUUCAAAAGAUCAUAAGUCAUCUAUGGAAGCUUUUUUUAAUGUGCAGACUUAUUUAACAGUAUCAGGACAGAUGCAUUUAGAAUGUAUGGCACGUGCUCUUAGUAAAGUUUACACUCUAGGGCCAACAUUUAGAGCAGAAAACUCAAAGUCGAGAUUACAUUUAUCAGAAUUUUAUAUGAUUGAAGCAGAGCAAGCUUUUAUUGACAACACAGAAGAACUCUUGAGUUUAAUAGAAAAAACUACAUCCACAGUUGUUAAACAACUAUUAGAGAAAUCUAGCAAUGAAAUAGACUAUUAUAGAAACAUCAUAGGUGCUUCUAAAGACAAUGAUCCUGCAAUUAUGGUGAAUAUCCCUUAUGAAGUAAUUAGUUACCAUAAAGCCUGUGAUGUACUUGAAAAACAAAAUUGUUUUAAAAAUUCGAUGACUCGAGGCAAACCUUUGGCUAAAGAACAUGAACUAUUUUUAGUGAAAUAUAAUGGUCAGAAACCAAUUUUUGUUGUAGACUGGCCUAAAGAUUUAAAACCAUUUUAUACUAAAACUCUUCCUCAUAACAAGUCAUUGGUGCAUGCUGUAGACCUUUUAUGUCCAAAUGUUGGUGAAUUAUGUGGUGGAAGUGUGCGUGAAGAUGAUUAUGAUGUUUUAAAAGAAAAAUUAUCUUCCAUAGGAUUGGAAGAAAAACUCCAUUGGUAUUUAGAAUUAAGAAAAUUUGGUAAUGUGUCUACCGCUGGUUUUGGCAUAGGAUUUGAACGAUUUCUUCAAGUAUUAUUAGAUGUACAAAAUAUUAAAGAUACUAUUCCAUUUCCUCGUUGGCCACAUAACUGUAAAAUAUAAAUCUUGAAUUUAAUAAUAAAAAUUGUUUAUUGUUUAAUAUUUGUAGUUAUUUACCACUGUUUGUACAAUCGAUUUGAUUUAUUAGAAUAUAUUUUAUUUUUAAUGUUA